GGAGAGGAGGCGGGCCUUCCGGCCCUCACCAAAAUCAUUUCCGGAAGGAGUCGGAAGACCGUCCUGGAUGGCCUCAGGGGCGGCAGCUGUGUGUAGGUGAGCUCUGGGGUUGCCGGCUUCUCCGCGCCCGCUGGUCGCCUCAUGCUGCGGGCCUCGGCCACCAGCCUUCGCUCGGAUUGGCGGCGCUGAGGCGCCGGGGUAACAGGCGACAUGUCGUCGGGCCUCCGCGCCGCUGACUUCCCCCGCUGGAAGCGCCACAUCUCGGAGGAGCUGAGGCGCCGGGACCGACUGCAGAGGCAGGCGUUCGAGGAGAUCAUCCUGCAGUAUAACAAGUUACUGGAAAAGUCAGAUCUUCAUUCAGUGUUGGCCCAGAAACUACAAGCUGAAAAACAUGACAUACCAAACAGGCAUGAGAUAAGUCCUGGACAUGAUGGCACAUGGAAUGACACUCAGCUACAAGAAAUGGCCCAGCUGAGGAUUAAACACCAAGAAGAACUGACUGAAUUGCACAAGAAACGUGGAGAGUUAGCUCAGUUGGUGAUUGACCUGAAUAACCAAAUGCAGCAGAAGGACAGGGAGAUGCAGAUGAAUGAAGCAAAAAUUGCAGAGUGUUUGCAGACUAUCUCCGACCUUGAGACAGAGUGCCUAGAACUGCGCACUAAGCUUCAGGACCUUGAAAGAGCCAACCAGACCCUGAAGGAUGAAUAUGAUGCGCUGCAGAUCACUUUUACUGCCUUGGAGGAGAAACUGAGGAAAACUACUGAAGAGAACCAGGAGCUGGUCACCAGGUGGAUGGCCGAGAAAGCCCAGGAAGCUAAUCGCCUGAACGCAGAGAAUGAAAAGGACUCCAGGCGGCGGCAAGCCCGGCUGCAGAAAGAACUUGCAGAAGCAGCAAAGGAACCUCUACCGGUUGAACAGAGCACAGGUGACUCCCACAAACCUAAAUCUGUUAAGCGACUCUCGCAGCCUGCUGGAGGCCUUCUGGAUUCUAUCACUAAUAUCUUUGGUCUGUCCGAGUCUCCCCUUUUGGGACAUCAUUCUUCUUCUGAUGCUGCCAGGAGACGAUCUGUCUCUUCCUUCCCAGUCCCCCAGGAUAAUGUGGAUACUCAUCCUGGUUCUGGUAAAGAAGUGAGGGUGCCAACUACUGCACUGUGUGUCUUUGAUGCACAUGAUGGGGAAGUCAACGCUGUGCAGUUCAGUCCCGGUUCUCGGUUACUGGCCACAGGAGGCAUGGACCGGAGGGUUAAGCUUUGGGAAGUGUUUGGAGACAAAUGUGAAUUCAAGGGCUCCCUAUCUGGCAGUAAUGCAGGAAUUACAAGCAUUGAGUUUGAUAGUGCUGGAUCUUACCUCUUAGCAGCUUCAAAUGAUUUUGCAAGCAGAAUCUGGACUGUAGAUGAUUAUCGAUUACGGCACACACUCACGGGACACAGUGGGAAAGUACUCUCUGCUAAGUUCCUGCUGGACAAUGCACGGAUUGUCUCAGGAAGUCACGACCGGACUCUCAAACUCUGGGAUCUACGCAGCAAAGUCUGCAUAAAGACAGUUUUUGCAGGGUCCAGUUGCAAUGAUAUUGUCUGCACAGAGCAGUGUGUAAUGAGUGGCCACUUUGACAAGAAAAUUCGUUUCUGGGACAUUCGGUCAGAGAGUAUAGUCCGAGAGAUGGAGCUAUUGGGAAAGAUUACUGCCCUGGACUUAAACCCAGAAAGGACUGAGCUCCUGACCUGCUCCCGUGAUGACCUGCUAAAAGUUAUUGAUCUUCGAACAAAUGCCGUCAAACAGACGUUCAGUGCACCUGGGUUCAAGUGCGGCUCUGAUUGGACCAGGGUUGUCUUCAGCCCUGAUGGCAGUUACGUGGCAGCAGGCUCAGCUGAGGGUGCGCUCUAUGUCUGGAGUGUGCUCACGGGGAAAGUGGAGAAGGUUCUUUCAAAGCAGCACAGCUCAUCCAUCAACGCAGUGGCGUGGUCCCCCUCUGGCUCGCACGUUGUCAGUGUGGACAAAGGAUCCAAAGCUGUGCUGUGGGCGCAGUAUUGACGGGGCUCUCAGGGAUGGGGGACCUCAGCACCCUCCUCUGGAGAAGCACGUGGACGCCCGCAGCUCUGUCCUGGCAGGCUGUGUGCCGGGAACAGCUUUGACCUCCCAGAGAAGAGCUCAAGCCAUGUGGCUCAGUGGCCUGCCAUAGAACAGGAUUUCUGAAGAUUUGACUAAGGUCUCUACUGGCCUGGAAGAAUAACACUGAAAAACUCCGACACUGCAGUCACUUAGCAGAGGUUUAGGCUGUUGUCUUGGUUCACAUGGGAAACACUACUAGCUCUGACCUUCCAUACCUCAUUGGGGGAGCACAGGGCCCCGUGGGUCUCCUCACUGGAUGGCAGUGCCAAAAACACCCCACGUGUCCGGGUGUUGGUUCCCUGUGCUUUCUCCCAUCCUUCAAAGUUGGUUCUGGCCUAGUGCAUGUCCUGUCACCUUGGGGCCAUUUACCCAAUGAACUGCUUUAAGCAUUGGAUUAACGGAAACUCAAAUGUGGGGCCCGUCCUUAUUCUAAGGGGACCAUGGUCCCCUUGCUGGUAGGCUGCGAUGUUAUUACAGGGCUCUUGUUCUGAACGCGUCUUAUUACUGCUGAAAUUGCCCUAGGCCUCUUCAACUGUUCUUCAGAUCUUGGUUCCCUUGCCCCCCAAAAUUCUACAUAUUUAUUUCUUGGUCAAGAAAUAAAUCUCAAUUUGGU